AUGGGCUGUUGCCAAGGGAUUUUAUUUGAAAAGUCAGAAAUCGCGAUAUCUAAUGUAGAUGUCGCUAUAAAGCUGAGAGAUAGAAAAAAAUCGAGUGACGAGGAGUUUGAAGAUAUCAGUCUUUAUUCCAGAAAAGUCACUCAAAGUAAUAUUGAUUUUUACAAAGAAGAAACAGAUUGCAAUUCAAAAUCUUUAAUAGAUUCCUUCACUACGAAUACUUUUACUAUGAGAAGCGAUUUUGAAUCGGCGUUUUUAGUGUCAAACUCUGUACUUCUUAGCAGUCGAGAUUUAGAAAGUUUCAUUAAAUUAGACACAAGUAAAUUGUCAAUUUAG